GUCACAUCGACUAACAGCUGGCAGUCAGAGGACGUGAUGUAAGGAGGCAGAUAAGAAACCAAAGAUCGUCGUUUGUUUGGCUGAUUUGGUUUUUUGGAAACCAAAAAAUAUUUAUUUUAACUAGUCAUCUAACCUGUUUUUGAACAUUGUUUGUGUUGGUAUCGUUAUUGCCGUUGUAUUUCCCUGACGGCAUAAACAGGUGAAUAAAUAGAAGACGACGUAUUUAGAGAUAAAAGGCAAACAGAUACAUUACAACUUGUACUAGUCUUGAAGCAUUAUAUAUUAGAUCCAUCACCAUUUUUAUUAAUAUUAAUCAUUUCUUUUCGACGAAGAUUGUUCAGAUUGAUCCGGAGGUGGAGCUUUUGAGCGGGCGGAUAUCGUUAUCCAGUACUUCCGCCAUUUUUCUGUGCUCGGGUUUUCUCCUUGAUUUUCGCAGCACCAGUGGCCAAUCGAGGAACUGCAGUCGCAUAUUUGGAAAAUACCGUUAGGUGGCGAUAAAUUACGGCACCAGCAUUUUAUGUUUUGAAAACUAUUGGACUGGUGCCCUGCUCAGGGUUUGUUCCUGCCUUGCGCCCUAUGCUAGCUGGCAGAGGCUCCCAGCGGACCCCCGCGACCCUAUUCAGGACGAAGCGGGUUAGAAAAUGACUGACUGAAAAGUCUGUUGCCCGUUAAUGGUGAAAACGCAGUUAAAACUACAGUAAAGUAGGCUAACUUCUAUUGUAUAUACUCUGAAAAUCAUGUUUUUGAAGAUAAUUCCCUGAAUAAAGUUCAAUUUCCUGUUUCAUGUUUUGGGACGUCAUGAGUACCGCGAAUAACAUUUCAGUUCCUGUUAAAAUGAAUGCCGCUGUCACAGCACCUAAUUCAAACGCAAGUUCUACUGGUGGAAUGUAUAGGGUACUGCAUGCUUUUGAUGCAAGUGGAAAAAAACUCUUGAAGCUAAUUCCUAUAGGUCCUCAGUGCAUACCAAUCGUUCCCAGCCAUAACAAAACAACAAAUGCUUGUCUUCAGCCAAUUGUUGAGCAGCAGAAAGUGUUCACAUCUUCUCCAAUUCAGAUUGCACAGUCUGCCAUCACACAAAGUGCCUUGCCUGUUCUUGAACAAAGCAGUUCCGGAAAAUACAUUAUUCCUGCUGAAAGGACUUUUGUUUUAAAGCCAGUAAGCACAAUUCCAGUAAAUGAAAAGGUUGCCAUACCCACAACAAACUCUUCUAUUAAGGUUUGCGUUCCAUCUCUAAUCAAACAGAAGCUGGUUCCAGGUACUUCACAUAUGGUCAAUGCUGACCAUGCCUACUCGGUUGUAAACAUAAACACACAUCCUGUGAGUACAAAACCACUAGUGCUCCCUGCUGGGAGUAAACUUCAUUUUUCCACUGGAACUGAAAGCAAGGCUGUUUCAACAUCAACACUCUCACCUGGGAUACAGGAAAAAAUCCUGGCAACUGUAGGAUCUGGGUCACAAGAACCCCAAAAAAAUGUGCAGACUGUGAUUUAUCUCUCACCUGUAAAUGCAGUAAAAACUGCACCUGUGAACACAGUAAAACUCACCCCUUUGAAGUCCGUUCCAUUGUCAGCUGCUAAAGAAGCACAAGUUACGUUAGUGAAGACUCCUGCACCAGCUGUAAAUGCAAAUCCAAUAAAAGAUUCACAAGAACCUCUUAAGAUUGUUUCCUCACAUGUACAAAAUCCAGGUGCACCUAUGAAAUGGGUGGUCCAGGAAAAUCCUGAUUCUCCAGCUCCAUACCUUGUCCCUGUAAAGCCGAAUCAUAACUCUGCAUCAAAGAUUCUUAAAACAUUAGCAACUAUUGAACAAGCAGGAAAAGGUGCAAAGGAGCCUUCGGUGUUAUCAGAAGCAGCCACUACUCAAACUACUUCAGGAAAAGAUAAUUCACUGGUUAUGUGCAAUGGAAAAACAUACCUACUGGCUAAGAAAAACCCAGAACCAACAAAACUGCAGGUUUUCAAGGACAAAGGCAAUGAGGCUGUGCUGAACGUGAAAACUGAAAAGCCAACAGCUGAGACUGAAAUGGAGAGAACUCUUAAAUUGUCUUUGCAAUCAAGCCAGCCUACCAGUAGCUCUGCUGGUUUUAUUAAAAGAAAUGUUACUUCUGAAAAGCCAAUUGUAAUACAGGAUGACUCUGAUACAGAUGUUGAUGACAGUGAUGAAAUUCAACAUGUAGAAUUUUCUAAAUCAAGUAACAUCUCUCCAAGAAGACAGAAGUGUGUAGCUGUCCAAACUGUACGCCGGGGGAUAUGUACAAUUGCAGAAGUAAUAGAUAUGACUAAUGACUAUGACCCUAUUACCAGUGAAAACCACACUUUGUCUUACAAGGAAUCUGUAUUAUUCAGCCAUGGGAGCACAGUUCAACAGAGUCCUGUGGACCUAUGUGAAGGGUUUAGCGGACAUGAGCCAAGCAAGAGGAAGUAUGAAACAGAUAGCCAGUUACGUAAGAAGUUUGGAAUCACGUCAGAUGUAAAAAUAUGCCUCCAAAGAUGUUCACCCCAUAAAUCUAUAAGCUUACAAGCAAAGACACAGCAAGUCAUUUUGAACAAGAAUCCACUGGAGGGCAUUCGAAAAUUAAUUCAAGAAUCCAAAGCUGAUGCAAGAGCAAAGAAACUAAAUCUGAGUCAAACCGAGGUUUCUGGAAAAUGUGAUCCAAAUACAUCUCCAAAACAAACAAGUGAAUGCCUCCCACCAGACUUUAAAAAAAUGAAAAUUGACUCUCGGGGCGACAUGGCUAUUCCUUCUUCCAGUGAAGAAAAUUCUAGAAAACAAGGAGUGAACCCACAUAAUGUACAUCCAUAUGAGAAUUCAGGUGGGCAUAAUUUCAUGCCAAGUAAUGACAAGGAUUCAGUCAUGGAUGAAGUAGCACACUGCAGCAAACAAUUGGACUCCAUCACUUCUGGAUCUAGCAAUACUUCUGCUAGUGCCAUGGAUGAGGAUAUUUUUAUUGUAACCCCAAUGGACUCUGAAGAAAUUGUGAGGGAGGAAAAGAUAAAAAGGUUAAAAGAACUUUUGAAACAGAAGGAAACAGCUCUUGAAGAAAUCCGAAAGAACAGGGUAGUCUCCAUUAGCUGAAUCAAGGACAAGGGAGCUGUUAAUCCCAAGAGACAUUUAACAGUACAUUUUUGGAUUGGUGAAUUUUUAUUAUGUUAAAUUCUACAGUUUUUUUUUUUUUUUUGCAUCAGUUCUUAAUUUUUCAGUAAGCAAACUCAAUCCUGAACCCCACAUGCCAACAAACAGCAUUUAUAAAUACUAAAAAAAGUUGCAAUUUGUAAGGAAAACUAAAGCAAGCUACUGUCAUUCAAAUCUUAACCUCACAAAAGACCAUAAUAGUCCUCCCUGUAGCCUAAUGUGGCAAAUUCUCUGUGUUGUAUAGAUCAAAGGGAUCUUUAGCAAAAUUCAAGUACAUUUGUUUACUUAAACAAGGAGGAGUUAAAAUGUAGGAAUUGCACACUAUAUGUAAAUAAAUACAUGCAUUCAUACCCCACCCCAUGAGAUACAGAAGCUUGUCUGAGUGGCGGGAGAGAGAAUCAGUCAGAACUUAUUUCGGGCAGGAUGCCUGUCUGUCACAAGACAAAUUUUAACAGUUUAUCUUUAACAUCUGAAAAUAAUAUUAUAAAUACAGGAAAUCAAA